CACCUGCCAGGACGGCUCGGCUGCCCCCAGCCCGAUCCCCGCCCCCGCCGGUUUUCCGUGGCCGGCCCAGGUCACCCAGCUGUCCGUGCCCCGCUGUCCACUCGCAGGCCAGCCCACAAGUAUCCGGUGACUCUGCGCUUUGUCCGAGCGUCUCUGAGAUGGUGGUGUAUGAUCCCGCAGGCCCUGCGCUCCUUCCUGGGGGUCCUCACCUCCCUCUGCAGGCGACACCAUCAGAGGAAGGCGGUGCUGGGUGCUCGCAUCUCCACGAUGUGCCGCGGCUCAGCGUCCGCAGUGGGCACGGUCCCUGGGUGUGGUGGGCGCCAGCAGCAGGUCACCCCCGUGCCGCCCACCACACUCAGGUGUGCCCCGGGCUCCUGCACAGAGAAGACGGUGAGGAGCGCCCUGGGAGAGAGCGGGAAGGGGCUGGCCCAGCAGGAGGGAGACCCCGCAUUCAGACAGAAGGACCAUCAGAAAGGGGGUCCCGAUGGCUCUCGGGGUGCACGGUCAACAUUUAGGCCCUUUGGGGCCCGGGGAGACUUCUCUGCCUUCGUGCCCAGGCCUGGGCCUCUGCGGAGAAACCUCCACGCCGAGAGCUCGGUAGACACAUCCGCCGAGAAACUCCAGACCUCUUGUGUGAGCUCCUGCCCCCAAAGAAACGCCAUCACGAGCUCCCACAGCUCCACCCGAGGUUUCCCGCCAGGGCAGAGGAGGACGGGCCCCCGCAUGCCGCGAGGGCUGCCCCGGAGGUCCUCGAGGAAAGCGAGCGACGGGGGCCCGGCGCCGCCCUGUGCCGCCCCGGUGGCUUCCCAGAGCAACAGCCGGCCUGAGGACGCGGAAGCUUCCAGGGGGCAGAAACGCACCUGGGAGAAUGGCCCCCCCACAUCGGACAGUCCCAGGCCCGGAAAACGCAGGUUUCCUCUGCUGCCGCGCAGGCGAGGGGAGCCGCUGAGGCUGCCCGCACCCCCUGAGCUGGGUUUCCGAGUCACCGCCGGAGACCUGGACGCGGAGAAAGCAGCGGCGCUCCGGCGCAUCAACAGCGCGCUGCGGGAUGAGACCCCGUCCCCGCAGCCCUACCGUCCCUUCCCCGCACCGGCCGACCCUCCGGUCCCCGGCAGGGCUCCUCGGCCCGAGAGAGGCCAGAGGGAGUCGGCCUCCCCAGCGCCAGUAGACGCCCGGGAGUCUGCUGGAGGGGCCCCCGCUGCGCAUCCUUGGUCAGGGGGAAGGCACGGCUCCUCCCGGCCCCUGUCUCCCAGGUCCCAGCCCCUCCCGGGCCCUCCUUCCCACUCACGGCCCCCCGGCCCUUUCACCUUGCCCACCCAAGCUUCCUCCCCAGGAUCGGGCAGCGCGAGCCUGAAUGCUCGGCCGCCAAGCCCCUCGGCCCCUGCUUCGGCCCCCGCAACAGGCACGGCGGAAAAUCUUGGGGCUGUCUCUGGUAAUCUUUUGGAAUCUGGAUUGCCUGGGCCUCUGCGGAGAAACCUCCACGCCGAGAGCUCGGUAGACACAUCCGCCGAGAAACUCCAGACCUCUUGUGUGAGCUCCUGCCCCCAAAGAAACGCCAUCACGAGCUCCCACAGCUCCACCCGAGGUUUCCCGCCAGGGCAGAGGAGGACGGGCCCCCGCAUGCCGCGAGGGCUGCCCCGGAGGUCCUCGAGGAAAGCGAGCGACGGGGGCCCGGCGCCGCCCUGUGCCGCCCCGGUGGCUUCCCAGAGCAACAGCCGGCCUGAGGACGCGGAAGCUUCCAGGGGGCAGAAACGCACCUGGGAGAAUGGCCCCCCCACAUCGGACAGUCCCAGGCCCGGAAAACGCAGGUUUCCUCUGCUGCCGCGCAGGCGAGGGGAGCCGCUGAGGCUGCCCGCACCCCCUGAGCUGGGUUUCCGAGUCACCGCCGGAGACCUGGACGCGGAGAAAGCAGCGGCGCUCCGGCGCAUCAACAGCGCGCUGCGGGAUGAGACCCCGUCCCCGCAGCCCUACCGUCCCUUCCCCGCGCCGGCCGACCCUCCGGUCCCCGGCAGGGCUCCUCGGCCCGAGAGAGGCCAGAGGGAGUCGGCCUCCCCAGCGCCAGUAGACGCCCGGGAGUCUGCUGGAGGGGCCCCCGCUGCGCAUCCUUGGUCAGGGGGAAGGCACGGCUCCUCCCGGCCCCUGUCUCCCAGGUCCCAGCCCCUCCCGGGCCCUCCUUCCCACUCACGGCCCCCCGGCCCUUUCACCUUGCCCACCCAAGCUUCCUCCCCAGGAUCGGGCAGCGCGAGCCUGAAUGCUCGGCCGCCAAGCCCCUCGGCCCCUGCUUCGGCCCCCGCAACAGGCACGGCGGGUGCGAGGGGAAGCCCGGCUCCGGCCUGGGCCCCGGGUUCGGCUUGGCUUCCCGGCUUCCAGAGGCCCGUCCGGGGGCCUCUUAGGAGCGCGGCAGGAGGAGGAGGCCUUUGCCAGCCCCCGGCCGGGCCGCGCUGCCCAGCAGUCAGUGGAUCACGCACAGCCCCCUGCAGGCCGGGGGGCUCGGCCGCACCUCGGGGC